AUGGACGUCUUACACAGUAUAGCUGCUGCAUGUUGGGCUGGCUUACAAAUCAGAGGUAUUAUCCUAUGGAGUAUUGAUUAUAUCACGGAGGAACUCCUCUUGGCACACUUCUCUGGUCCUUUCUCCCAACCCACUUUUGAACAGAAAAUUGGCCUAUUCCAAUACUGUCCCUUUCAAAUCAGCAAGGAUAUCAAGGAGCGCACUCUUUGGUUAAUAGAGCAUAACUACAUCCCAUCCAACGUCUGCAACAUUUUUGGCAUCUUUGAGCGUUCCCUUUGCCGCUGGCAGGCCAGUCAAGAAGCAUUUGGCUCUGUAGCACCUCUUAUCCUUGGUGCAAACCAAGCCAAGAGGAUAUAUUCGCUGCUUGAAGACACCCCAGAGAUAUACCUGGACAAAAUUCAAGACUGGUUAGCCCUUGUGUUACGCACAAAGUGCUUAACAAAGUCUGAGGGUUCGUCGAGGUUUGUAAAGAGACUUAUCCGAAGACAAGUUCGAGAACAUAGUUCUGAGUGGAGGUCUUCCAACAGGAGUUGGUCUUCUUCUGAAUAG